CAAAAACAAUCAAUAUUCCAUUAAUUACAUUACAUUUAAAAACGAUUGUAUAUUAAACUGCUUAAUGAUUAUGAGUUUGCUUUUGUUAUCCGCGUGACAAACUUCAACGUAAACUUGUGCCUAACCACUUCUUUGUCAAUAUUUACAUAAAGCGAAAUCACGAAAACUCAAACAAUGUAACCCAUAUCUCGUGACGAUUCAUCUAACAAAAUGUUCGCGUAUGAUUAUGUGGAGAUCAUCAAAAAAGCUGAUCAUCAAUUGUAUACAGUUUGUCAUUAGGUGUGGUCGCAUUAAUUACGAUAUUGAAGACUUAGAAGAUAUACCGAAUUAUGACGUCCAGGAUGUUCCUAGUAAUACAGCGUUAGGGGCGGAAUCGAUCGAUAUUACAACCCCCUGGCAUAGCUUAAAGUUGCGGCGAAAUAUAGAGCAUUCAAACGAAGAGUUCAACGUCUUCGCAGUUCAUUUCCAACCGCAAAUGUUCGGGCUACCGUGGCAACCGUGGCAGAACGAUCUCCAACACCGACCGGAUGCCCCGGGUACGAGAAGAACCUCGCCGCCGGAAGUGGUUACCAAGAUGCUGCGAGCCCUAGAGGAGAUGGGCGAGCCAGUGGAACCGUUGGCGAUCAAGAAGAUGCGCGGGAACCCGUCUGAAUCCCUGUAAUAAAUCGUCGCUGCAUCCAGGAAGGAUGAAGAUGAGUCCUUGAGUCGCGCAGCUUCAGUGACUUCGGAUCUUUUGAACCUGGAUUCUCUAAAGUUCAUUAAUACUUUGGGCUCUCGUAUUUGUGAAUUCUCGAUAGAAGUAAACGAUUCGUCUAUGUAAAAUAUUCAACAUUUUAUAAUCUUACUUUUCUCCUUUUUCUUUAUUGGAAUGUUUAAGUUAUAUCCUAGU